AUGGGCGAUAUGAUUAGAGACCUGCCCGCCGCGGCUUCGUCAUCGUCGCCGACAACGCGACGUAACCAGCUCUUCCUCGGCACCUUUGUGCACUCCAAGACGAGGGAGGCGCUCGAAUACCUCCACGACACGGCUGUCUGCGUCGACGCAUCCGGCACCAUUGUCGCUGUCAAGGUGGGAUACGACUUGAGGAGGUCCGAGGCCGAGCUGCUCCCCCGCCUAGGGUGGAAGGUCGGUGAUGUCGAGGUUCGUGUGGGGGAGGAGGGGCAGUUCUUCUUCCCCGGGUUUAUCGACACCCAUGUGCACGCUUCGCAAUACCCCAAUGUCGGCAUCUUUGGAAAGUCCACCCUCCUCGACUGGCUCAACACGUAUACCUUCCCGCUCGAGGCCAGUCUCAAGGACCAGAAGAAGGCCAAGCGCGUAUACACAGCCUGCGUGCGCCGCACCCUCGCCCACGGUACUACCACCUCGGCGUACUACGCCACCAUUGAUGUCGACGCCACCAAUCUUCUGGCAGACAUCUGUUUGGCACUAGGCCAACGCGCAUUUGUCGGGCGGGUGUGCAUGGACCGCGAGGGCUUGUGUCCUGAAUACUACAAAGAUGAGUCGCCUCAAGAUUCGUUGAGAAAGACGAGGGAGACUGUGGACUACAUACGGACCAUCGACCCGGGUUUCGAAAUCGUCGCGCCCAUUCUGACGCCGAGAUUCGCACCGUCGUGCUCGAGCGAGGCGAUGAGGGGGCUAGCGAGCAUGCAGAAAGAGCUCGACGUCCUCGUGCAGACGCACAUCUCAGAGAACGAGGGCGAGAUUGAGCUCGUCAAGGAGCUCUUCCCCGAGAGCGCGAGCUACGCCGACGUCUACGACGCCCACGGCCUGCUGGGUGAGAAGACGGUGCUCGCGCACGCGAUCCACCUGUCGGAGGAGGAGGCGGCCACCAUCGCCGAGAGGGGCGCCAAGGUGUCGCACUGCCCGUGCAGCAACAGCAGCAUCACGAGCGGUGCGGCGCGGGUGCGCUGGCUCUGGGACAAGGGCAUCGACGUCGGCUUGGGUACGGACAUGAGCGGCGGGUACAGCCCGAGCAUCCUCGACGCCGCCAGGCAGGCGGCGCUGGUGUCGCGGCAUGUGGCCAUGGGGCUGCGUGGCCAGGAGCGGGAGAGGGCCAAGCUGACGGUCGAGGAGGUGCUGCACCUCGCGACCAGGGGCGGCGCCAAGGUCGUCGGGCUGCAGGGCAAGGUCGGCGGGUUCCAGGUCGGCAUGCAGUGGGACGCGCAGCUGAUCGGGCUACCGCUGGUCGACGAGGACGGCGGGCGCGGCGGGGAGGAGGGCAACGUCGACAUCUUUGGGUGGGAGAGCUGGGAGGACCGGGUCGCCAAGUGGCUCUUCAACGGCGACGACCGGAACACCAAGGCGGUCUGGGUCAAGGGACGGAUGGUGCAUUCGAGGACAUGA